GUGUGAGUAACCGCUAUAUUUUUUUUGAACCGAAUGGAUCCAGAAUCUACUGGUCUGGGACCAGUUCUAUUCAGUAAUUCACAGUUUUUUGUGCAUAAAACCUCUGAAUGAACUAGACCUGGUACAUCGAUUUUGUAGCUUGCAUGUGAACAGGGAUAAAUUUAAUAGUCAAAUUUAUUUUAAACUCUAUAUAAGUAAAUUACUUGAAGACUGAAAGUUCCCUCAUUAUGCCGUCUUAUACAAUAUCUGUCAAAACUGGAGACCAAAAGGGAGCUGGAAUAGAUGCCAAUGUAUAUAUAAUACUGCAUGGAAAAGGUCUUCAAACAACCAAGGUUAACCUUGAUACCUUCUUCAAAAACAAUUUUGAUAGAGGCAGCAUUGAUAACUAUACAGUUGAUUUUGAUGUUGACAUACCUGAAGUCAAAAGAAUCGAGCUAUGGCAUGACACUGAAGGUGUGUUCUGCAACUGGUAUUUAGAUUGGAUUGAGGUAACUAACGUGGAAUCAGACAUCACAUCUUUAUUCACAGUGAUGAAGUGGAUCAAAGCAGACAUUCAUUACUUUUUCAACAAUAUAGACACAUGCCUGCCACAAGACGAUCCUUUCCAAAAAAUGAGAUUGGCUGAAUUAGAGAAUAUGAAAGAAGAAUAUGAGUUACAAGUGAAAGUGCCUGGACUACCUGCUCAGGUUAAAGAACUACCAGAGGAUGAGACGUUUUCAUUUGAUUAUCAAUUCAACAUAGGACAUAAGACCACUAUAUAUUCAGAAGAGACUAAGAGGUUAGUUAUAGCUAAUGGCUUCCAUUGGAAGGAUGAAGAUGACAUCAAGGAUAUGUAUACAGAAGUCUUUGGUGUUCCAGAGGGUUCAAAAUACUUUAACGAUGAUGCAGAGUUCGGGAGACAGAGAAUUGCCAGUUUAAAUUCUUUACUCAUCAGCCUGUGUACUGCAAUCCCAGACAAAUUUGGAGUGACUGAAGAAAUGGUUCAGCCAUUUUUAGAAGGGAAGACUAUACAACAAGCCAUGGCUGCUAAAAGACUAUUCAUUAUUGACUUGGCAAUCUUAGAAGGCUGUCCAGCAAAGUCAGAGGAAAUUGUUAUAACUUGUCCAUUUGCCUUGUUUUAUUUCAACAAUGCCAACCAUCUUAUGCCGAUAGCUAUACAGUUAUUUCAGCAAAAAGGACCAGAAAAUCCAGUAUUUUUACCAUCUGAUCCAGUAUAUGUGUGGAUGUUAGCAAAGAUGUGGUACAAUCUAGCUGAUUCUACAUACCAUCAAGCUCUCACUCAUUUAAAUUUCACCCAUUUUAUGAUGGAAGGAAUAUGUGUUGCGACAAUGAGAAACCUUUCACAAUCCCAUCCUGUACAUAGAUUACUUAAUCCACAUUUUAUCUACCUCAUAUCUAUAAACUUUCUUGGUCUUGGUGUACUGGUUAAUGAAGGAGGUUUCAUUGACAAAACUUCAAAUGGUGGAAUUGAAGGUGCCUUCCACUUAAUGAGAAAGAGCAUGGAUUUCUGGAGAUUGGAUGUAGAUGGAACUUUACCAGAAAAUUUAAAGAGCAGAGGGGUUCUUGACCAGUCUAUUUUAAAAGAUACCUAUCAUAUGAGGGAUGAUGCUCUUCUCCUUUAUGAUACCAUCAAAAGUUAUGUUCAGAAAUAUGUGACCAUAUACUAUUCCGAAGAAGGUUCAAUGAAGGGUGACUGUGAAAUCCAGAACUGGGGCGCAGAAAUUGUUAAGUCAAGGGAUGAUGGUGGUUGUGGAAUGUUGGGAGUUCCAAAUAAUGGGCAAUUUGAAACAAUUGACCAGCUAGUGGUGACAUUGACAGCCAUUAUCUAUACAUGUAGUGUUGGUCAUGCUGCAGCCAGCUUCCAACAGUAUGACGAAUAUGGAGCUCCAUUUUCAUACCCAUUUAUUAUGCAUGGAGCUCCACCCAAGGAUAAGGAACCAAUAGACUUUGAAACUGUCUUGAAGAUUAUUCCUAACAGAGCUGAGCUUCUGACAUUAAUGUCCAUUACAAAAGUACUUAGUGAGAAGACAACAAAAGAUCUUGGUAAUUUUGAGAAGCAGUUGAUAGUAGAUCCACCCGCAAUACAAGUUGUAGAGGAAUUCCGAGAAGACUUAGAGAAAGUUGGUAAAACAAUUGAUGAGCGCAACCAAAAGAGAGAACAUCCAUAUGAAUGGCUACAUCCAUCAGAAAUACCAAAUGCCAUUAGUAUAUGAAAUUAUUUCAGCAUUAUGUUUAGCUUAGACAAUUGGACACAAUAUUUCAUGUACCAACAUCAGAGGAUAAAUUUAUAAACAUGACAUACUUGCAGCAUCCUAUGUUAUUUUUGAUGUUCAAUGUAGCUGGAAAUUUUUUUUAAGUUAUCUGCCAACAGUGUUAUGUUGUAGUUAAAAAAAAAGCUGCUUCUUAAUCAAAAUAAAAAGCAAAGCUUUUGAACAAUUAAAACUGUUUCUAGAUAUGGUAGAAAGAACAUCUGAAUACAAGUAGAUAUGUUGUUUUUGUGUCUUGAUAUGGUGGAAGGAACUAGCUCACAUUCACCUUAUUGUCAAAAUAUUUGUUAGCUUUUGCCACAACUUGUGUCAGAUGACAAAUGAAUUUCAAACCAAGUCUAAUUGUUAUUCAAAUAUAUGCACUUUCACAUAUUUAACCAAUACAAAUCCAUCCACAAUUAUUGUAAAAAUGCCAUAAUUCUUGUUUGUCAUUUUUUGUUAUUAAAUAGUUGUAUUAGUUUAUGUAAUACUAAAUACAAAUAAAAAUGUAUAUCCUAUUUUGAAA